CUUCUGGGGAUUGGGAUGUUUUAGUCCUAACUACUAAGAAACAUUUUUUUUUACAUAAUGACUUGCAUGAUGCUUCAUGACAAACAGACCCUUUAAAAGGAAGCCUUUCUAGUGUGCGCCUGUGUGAAGGGAAAGCAGCAGACAGUUCAGCAGGGUGUUAGCACAAUUUUGCAAACAUGGUUACGUCUUACCCACUUCCUGAAGGCUUCUCUGAAAUUGAGGUAUUUGGCAUUGGUACAGCUCUUCUGGUUGAAGCUCUGCUUGGGCUCAUUUUAAAUGGUCUGACAAUCCUUUCUUUCUACAAAAUCAGAGAGCUUAGGACACCUAGCAACCUGCUUAUAAUAAGCUUGGCAGUGGCAGACAGUGCACUCUGUAUUAAUGCCUUUGUAGCUGCCUUUUCCAGCUUUUUAAGUACAUGGCACCGUCAUCAUCUUUGGCAGUGUACAAUAAGGUAUUGGCCCUAUGGGUCAGACGGGUGCCAAAUUCAUGGAUUCCAAGGUUUUGUUGCUGCUUUGUCAAGUAUCAGCUCCUGUGCUGCAAUAGCAUGGGAUCGCUAUCACCAGUACUGCACCCGUAGCAAGCUACAUUGGAGCACAUCAAUAUCUGUGGUGUUGUUUGCCUGGGGAUUUGCUGCAUUCUGGUCUAUGAUGCCACUCUUUGGAUGGGGUGAAUAUGACUAUGAACCUUUGAGAACAUGCUGCACACUAGACUACUCUAAAGCUGACAGAAACUUCAUCUCUUUCCUUUUCCCCCUGGCUUUCUUUGAGUAUUUGAUCCCUCUCUUUAUUAUGAUGACUGCCUACCAGUCCAUAUACCAGAAGCUAAAGAAAAGUGGCCCAGUCAAGAUGAACACCGGCUUGCCUGUAAAAUCACUAAUGAUUUGUUGGGGACCCUAUUCACUGCUUUGUUUUUAUGCCAUCAUUCAAGAUGCAACUAUCCUUUCUCCGAAACUACGUAUGAUGCCUGCUCUAUUGGCUAAGAUGUCUCCUGCAGUGAAUGCUUAUAUUUAUGGACUUGGAAAUGAGAACUACAGAGGAGGUAUAUGGCAGUUUCUUACAGGACAAAAAAUGGAAAAAUCGGAAACUGAUAACAAAUCAAAUUAAUUCAGAAUGGAGAACUUGCCUUGUUUCAUAAAGUAGUGGACAGUAAGAAGUGAUGUCAAAAAUGCAGGCAACAUUCAGUUAACCUGUAGUGAGCUGUGCUUCCAAACAUCAUGUGAAAGUGACGAGCUACUUUGGUUUAAUACAAUGCAAAUGUCCUGUGUAACACUAAAAAUCCAGCAGGUACAAUAAAACAAGGGCAUCUGAAUACAGUUUUGAUUUUGUCUUGUACUAUUUCCAAUAUAAAUUAUCUAUGUUCUAUAUGAUUUGUAGAUAUAAGUUAUAAUUAUAGUAAGAUUAUAGAAAUCUGCUGUGUAGGGACCACUGAGGAAAAUAAUUAAAUUAUACAAAAGAAACUCAAGUAUUUCUUUAUAUUUGUUGUUAUUCUUCUUAUACGUGUAUGUAUGAUUUACUCCUGCUGGGUCUCAGAAGUAACCUGCAUACAUUUAUAAAGGAUUGUUACACAAAGUUACAUUUAUAAAUCUAGCCUAUUCAGGAUUUAUUGUUCACCUUGACAAGUACAACAUCCAACCAGUUAUAUUGUUUGAGAACCUUGGCCUUAUUUGAAAGCAUCCUACCAGCAAAUAUUGUAUUUUUCAGCAUUUUUCAUCACAGAAGUCAAGAAAAUCUGGGCUUGUCACAUGUGCUGCUAGUCUAAAGAAGAGCAAUGAUGGCAGGGCCAGACUUUGACUGAAAUUCAACCAUGGCAUUUGAAAUUACUCAGGACCAUUUGAAGUGGGGUUUAUGGGUUAUGAAAAGGUGUCACUAUAAGGGUAAGUUCACAUGGGCACAAAGAAGCAUCCCUAUGAAGGGCCACGCAGUCGCUCUCACUGGGCAGCUUG